AUGGGUUCUGCCGGACCGCUCGAACUCGAGACGCUCGAUUUUGGCAAGUUCCUGGACGGGACGCCGGCCGAGCGCCAGGACGUUGCGAACAGGCUCGUCCGGUCCCUGACACAACAUGGCUUCACCAAGCUGAUCAACCACGAGGUGCCGGACGAUGUGGUUGAUGGGAUUUGGUAUUGGGGCAAGAAACUGUUCGCCUUGGCCCCCGAGCAGAAGGACAAGUUCAAGCACCUCCCCGGCCCGGACCCUCAACGAGGCUGGAGCCAUAUCGGGGCCGAGGUCACGUCCCGGCUCCAGGAGCGCAACUUUGCGGACGGCGUAAAGAACCGUAAGGAAGAACUCAAGGACGAAAAGGAACACUUCGACUGCGGGCCCCCCAACGACCCCGACUUUCCCAACCUGUGGCCUGACGACGCCGACCUGCCGGGCUUCAGGGAGUUCAUGGAGAAGUACUUCAUCGCCGCGCAGAAGACGUGCAUGACCAUCCUGGCGGCGAUCGAGGUCGGCCUGGGGAUCCCCGAAGGGUCGAUCCAGGAGAUGUGCAAGCCCGACGCGAGCGAGCUGCGGAUGCUCUACUACCCAGAGGUGAGCAUCGAGACGCUGCGCAGCGGCAAGAUCAAGCGGGCCUGGCCGCAUACCGACUUUGGCAUCAUCACGCUGCUGUUCCAGGACAGCCUGGGCGGGCUGGAGCUCGAGGACCGGCGGCAGGACUUUGCGUUUGUCCCCGUCAUCACGGAGCGGAGGAACGAGAUGGUUGUCAACCUGAGCGACACUUUUGGCCGCUGGUCCAACGGCCAGAUGCCCCCCGGCGUGCACCAGGUCAACCUCCCGCCCUCGCUGCUCGACAAGACCGAGGGGGUCGUGCCGGAGCGCUACUCGUCCGUCUUCUUCUUCAAGGCUCACCGCGGGGCAAACGUCGGCCCGCUGGCACCGUUUGUGUCGGAAAAGACCCCGGCAAAGUAUCCAGAGAUGACGGCACUCGAGUUUCAUCGGCAGAUGACCAAGAUUCUGUACUAG